ACGCCUGCCUUUCGCGAAUGCCACAUAGUAGUGAAACAAGCUGCUACCGACGUUAUGUGAGCAGAUUGUAUCAUUCAUGACAACUUCUAGCUCUGGCGGUGUAGCUAAGAACUUCUUGUUUCUUCUUAGUAAGAAGUGUUCAUCUGAAUAUGUUUUUACAACUACUUGUACUUGCUUCUGUGUGUUGUUCGUUGACCUCAUAGAUCAUCCUCUUCACCAGAACUUUUGCAACACAACUUACAUGAUAGAUUCUAUAUCGUGGAAGUAGAAGCCUUUGUCUACAACGAUUUGAAUUUCUAAACACAGCCAUAUGCCAACCACGACGUCAGAACGAGGACUCGCCAGUAAGUACGUAUGCGUGCGGUUAAUAGGGGUGCAUGAUCAGUGCUUCGACAGGCAAUUAGACGAGCAAGAUUUCGCAGAGCAAUAUGGACCAAAUAACAUCUUGGCAGUGGUCAACGCCGAGCAUCCGGAAAAAAAGUCUGCGCUUGUAUGUUCAGGUCCUCGUCGUGGUCGUGACUUAAGUAUUUAAUGUGGAUCAUUACAGCCAGAGCUACUUGCACUUGGUACUAGCUUGUGCUGCUUCUACAAGAAGUGCCAAAGCAAAACAGUACUCUUCACUUGUUGUACUGUGUCUGGCAUGUUAUUUUUACUAGAACAUCAAGACAAGUGCUUGGAUCACCACUAGAAUGGAUAGAAGACCACGAGAAAAAAAUCCCUUGAAAUCUUCCUUCCUAUUCCUUUUUCACCAGUUUUAGUACUAGAAGAUGGCCCCAUAAUUUGAAUCUUCCUUCUUUCUUCCACCUACUCAUUGAUGGUAUAAAUGGUUCAUCCCUGCCUCCUUCGUUCCUUGUUUUCAUGUAUGCCACUUCCAGCUUCUGUUUUUGCUGCUUGGAACGGGAGGUAUGGGCUUGCGCUGCAACUGCUAGAUCAUGGAGGAGGCUUCGAGGGGAAGUCGGAUAGGAAAUUUGAAACCCUCCUGAAGCGAAUUUGCCAGCAGAGAUUGGUGGUAUCUAUUGCAGUUCUUGGAAUAGUUCGUAACGUGUAACUGUGAUCCUGAUCUCGCAUGAAGUUGCUAGUGUUUCACUCUUCUACGUCUACUCAAAUAUUCUACUUGCAAAUCUCUCUAGAUACAGAAACUGUCGUGUUCUCUGUUACUGUUGCUAGCAACCUCGACCUAUGCAGUCAACAACUUUUUUCCAGACCGCUUCUGCCUGGCAUGCCCUAGAGGAGCAAGGAGGGGAAACAUUGCGAGAGUGGCGGAACGAAAUUAGGGAUUACGCCAAACGAGUCCGCUCGCACCAACUUGCAGAGUUCAAACAUAGCUUUGUGAAAUCACCCUCAGCAGAAAUCGUGCUGGCGGCAUUGGUGACCACGUUGUUGUGUUAAGAAAGACGAGGGUAGUUGUUGCAAUACGUACUACGAGCACGAGCAGUACUUCUCCUAAUAUUACAACUCCUAUUGUUCCAUUCGAAAUGAAGAAAUAUGUUGUACCUCUACUAUUACUCCUAUUGUUCCAUUCGAAAUGAAGAACUACAGCUACACUCCAGACAAUUCGAGAUGAAGAACACAUCUAAUGGCUUCGUGUCACUGAAGUUGGAGGAGUUUCACUUCUACAAGUCGUAAAAAGCCGACUAUUGGAAGCUUUUGCGAAAGAAAAGCUAUGGCAUUCGGAUGAUGAAUCAAUAUGUUGAAGUAUUAUCUUCCCGAUUGUCCAAUACCAAUGACCAAUUUAUAAUUGUGUUUUUCAGGAGACAGAGUCUGAGACAGAGAGUGAGAGCCAGAGUAUAUCUGUGUAUAAAUCUUGCAACCUGAUGAAGAUGAAGUCGAAAAUGAUCUUCUAUUUCAAGAUUCACUAUUUAGAAGUCUACGACCUACUAGUAUUACAGGUUGCUUGGAAAGUAUAGAUAUACAUGAUCCAGUAUAAGUUGCUUAUACUCGUCGGAGCAGUAAAAUCUCCACCAAGAAGUAUCCCCCAGCUCUAACUAGAAGUAGUGCCACCUCCCCUACCACACGCACACCGGAUGAGGAAAGGCGGAUUUUUGCGACUGUAUUUGUGCGAGAGCUGUGGCCUACAGGGACUACUCAGGUAAAAGUGACUCCGAUUUCGUUCAUAGACAGAAACCGUCAGCAUUCACAGAAAAAGCUGCUGGAAGAGGUCACGUCCUCGACGAAGGUGGUCCCACUUUCUUUAAGACAGGUGUGAGUGCUGUCGUGACUACUAGCGUAGAAGUUGAAGAAGUAAGUAUUUAGUACAUUGAGAUUGUUAUUCUUCUCUCUUCAUUAAAAGUUAAAGCUGUAACUAAGAUACCGAUCCUAGCUCUUCAAUUGUUUAAUGCUUGUGCUAGUUCAUUAAAGUAACAGUUUAUUACCUCUAGACUCUUCAGCAACAGGUUAAUAUUUCAGAGAAAUUUAGCUGAUGCGCCUCUACAUACUACAUUAAUGACUACAUCGACGAUCAUAAUGCUCUUAUUUUUUUGUCGUCCUUGAAGAAUUCGGGUCUAGAAGGAGAAUCGAAAAUUAUUAUUUUGACCAAACAUCUUGUUGCCUCUAAUGCGCGAGAUCCUUCCUCUGGCGAGAAUACUUGCUGGCGGCAAGGAGACGACAAAUUUAAGGCUCACUCAACAAUUGUUCAUGUUAAUUGUAAAUGUAAGCAUCUUCUUUCUUGUAGUUCCCCAGAUAGUACAUGUAAGACUAUGUUGUCUAAAAAAUGGGAUCCAAAGGCUGCUGCCAUCGAUAGAGACCCUGGACCCGGACGAAUCCGAGGAACAACAUUUACAAGAAUUCUUCCAUUUUCUGCGGAAAAACCUUCCGGAAGAAGUCUGGACGAGAUGCUUUCCAUUGGGAGGGUACUACACUUUGUUACAAGUACAUGUUGUAAGUAAGUUAGUAGUAAAUUACAACCAAGCCGCGCCACUUGUUCUCAGUCUCACUGCCACUCCUUACCGCACGGCGGGUGAGAGGUCCACAAGAACUACAGCGAAUUCGAUGCAUGCAGUAAUUCUUGAUCAUCGACGAUUGCUAUCUUCAGAUUUUUUUCGUCAUCGAUUUGCACCUCCUGUGAAAAGUCGCCCCACCUCCACCAAGCAGGAGACAAGUGGGAAUGGAUGAGACUAAGUCUCAGUACUAGAAGAUUAAACCACAUCUUCAUCUUAAAUACAUUUUGUAUUUUAAGAUGAAGAUGUGGUUUCAAUUUCAUUUUCAACAAUCUAAAUCUAUCAUGAACAUCAGGGCGUGGGCAUCCAUAAUUCGGAAUUUGCAGAAGAGUCACUACUCGGUUACCCUUGUUGCGCGCGGACAUCCUAUAGGGCGAAGGGAGAGCAGCACGCACCACCAAGAUGGUCCGAAAGAGAAAAACAAUAUUAAGAAUGAAUCUAAUAGAUAAAGUAGCUUAACAGGGGCUAAUCUUGAUAAAGUAUACGCGAUAGAGAUUAUCGUACGGUCGUUCUCAGGAAGCAAUACAAGUCCUACUCAGUCGUGAGGACGACUUUUCCACACUCAUGAUGUGACAUCCUCUUUCAACCUUUCCUCACCCUCCACAUCCUCUUUCUUCCCCUCUUCCAAGCUAUCCGCACUUCUCUAUCCACCACUGAUUCUCACCUCUUCCUCCUCUUCUUUUUCCUCCACCCUUUCCUGACCCUCACACCCGCUGCCCGUUGUGGGUAUGCUCAUCGGUUGUCUCUGCUCUUACUAUCUCCGAUCAUUCCCAUUCCUCCGCCUUCAGUGUUUCCCUUCCGACUUUCUCACAAUCAAACUUUUUUAGGAAACACUCGAGCGUAGUCCUUCUGCAUCACAAAAGCUAGCGAUACUAUCCCUGCUCUAUCCUCCUGCUCCUCCUCCUCCUGCUCUAUCCUCCACCUCCUCCUCCUCCUGCUCCAUCCACCUCCUCCUCCUGCUCUAUCCACCUCCUCCUGCUCUAUCCACCUCCUCCUCCUGCUCUAUCCACCUCCUCCUCCUCCUCCUGCUCUGUCCACCUCCUCCUCCUGCUCUAUCCACCUCCUCCUCCUCUCCUUCUAAAUUAAGCAGCAGCAGUUACGGCGCAGCGGCCUUGUGUGUCGUUGUCCGAAACGCGCUGUUGUACCUGAAAGGCAGUCGAACGCAUCGUCGUUUCUACCUAGAGCAGAAACGCCGCCUUGACACUCUAGAGUUAGAAGCUCGGCAGUAUUUUGAUGCGUGGCUUGCCCAGUCUGCGCAGAUGCCUGGAGAAGAGUAAGUAGGUGGUGGAUCGUGGGCUCGUCCUCCUGCUGGAGAGGUGGUCAUAGUUAAUAGUGAUAAAACUUUCAAGCAUCCUUCUAGUUCUACUAAUUCGAAUUUCGUAUAAUCAAAGGCUAAACGCUAACGCGGUGUCGAUCCAUUUUUUCAUCUAGGCGAAGUAACUUUUCAUCAGAUGCUGAGUAAUUCAUUACGGAUAAGCAAUAAAAUGACACAGGUUUGUUCCCCUCAGAUGAAACCUCGUUCUAAAGUUGUACGUAAUUAGUAAGCACUGAGUCUUUGUAGCGCAGUUCGAAUCGUUGCGCAACAAGUUCUUUCGUCGUAAGUGUGUAGCUACUCCUGUUUUUGAUUUUAUCUUUUUUUAAAUCACCCGCUUGCUAAGUUCAAGUUCAUGUGUAGCACACAUGCGACAAAUGUAGAAGUAAUCGUAUGUAAGUCUUUUUUUAGGUUUUUAUUUUUAGAUGCGUGACGCAUCAGUUACCCGUCAGUUUCAGUUACUCGUCGGUCAUGAUUCUUAAUCCUCUUACUCAGUGCUCUGACAUGACUACUAUUCGAAUCAUCAAAUAAUUUGCAAUUUUCAGUAGUUCCAACCAGUCAGUUCCCAACAUCGGUCCGUCGGACAUACUAGUCUUCGCAAUUUUUAUUCGCGCAAAUUACAAUCUCAUCAGUAAUAGUAGCCAUGACUUCGAUUCUCCAAUUCUUGGAGAAAGGGAGGACUAUAGCUAGUAUAGUGUAGGAGCGUUUUUCAUCUAGAUUAGCACUUUUUUCUUUAGAUUAGCAUCUAGAUUAGCAUUUCUAGAUAGAUAGAUUAGAUUUCAUCUAUAUUAGCAUCUAGAUUAGGCUCAGCAGGAGCCGCUAAAGUCUACCACAUCGGAUGGUAGGCCCCAACCUAACCUAUAACCUGAGUGACUUUAUUCUUCUUGACAAGUCCUUCUCCUCUUCUACGAUUCUGUGCACUUUCAAUGAAUCCUCUUGGUCUUCGUUACAACUAAAAAGAUACGAGGAUUCUUCUUGAACUUGAUAUCAUGCUGUAGACGUGUUGGACAACGUUUUUGACGAGUACAUCGAGGAGGAACUUGUACUAAUUCCUUGUGCAGAAAUAUUGUAAUGCAUCACACUUAGAAGGUACUAAGCCACGAAGUUUGACGCCCGCCGCCUCAGAGACUUGAUGGAAGUCCUCACUACAUUUUCACUCCAUAGAAAUACUGGCCUUAGAAAGUCCUAGGUUCAUCCUGAUUAUUAUAACUUGCACAGCAGGAGCAGUCUGCACAGAACUUCGCGCGAGAUUAACUGUACUGUUGUAUUGAUGUGGGUGGACUUGAAGAUCAUGCAGCUCGUGAAGAGUUGGAAGAGGAAGUAUCAUUUAAAGAUUUAUUUAAUGCAAACAAGAAGCGAG